CGCUUACUGCCCGUCAUCGGCUACGGCAGGCAACAGCGGCCCCUUUGUGCCAGCUUGCAAUUUGUGGACAGCGCUAAGGCGAGUACACGUAGACGAUUGAGACAUCACCCAGGCGUUUACUAUUAACCUCACCCGCUGCCAGGUCCUCAAGCUCUUCUUUUCAUCUUCACCCCCCAUCCAUGCACCGCUUUCAUACGCCAUACUCUAGUUCUACGCAAUGCCGACUACAGACCGCGGCUUUUUGGCUGUGUUCCCCCAGCAUCAGUCAUCCUUCUUCCGCCUCCCGCGCGAACUCCGAUACCUGUGCUAUUCGCACUACCUGUUCGAGGAGAACGGAUACCACCAUGUCUGGGACGGAUGUGCAGGCAAGCUUCGGUGCUGCAACAACUCUAUUGUUGCGCUCGACCUGAUGUAUACAUGCAAGGCUGCGGCCAAUGAGAUGCACGGCCUCCCUUUCCAGGCCAACACGAUCACGUUCACCGCCGGAGACUUGGUGAGCGAACAUUCCUUGUGCUCAGACGCCCUUCGAUUCAAGCGUCUCGUGGACUAUGCAACUGUUGCUAAAUGGAGGAUCCUGCUCGCUGUGGCUGAUACCGUCACACCCGAUGAUCUAGCCAAACUGAUCCAACGAUUCCCUCGAACAGGACCGAGUUUUGUCAACCAAUUUCAGACGCUCCGUGAUAGAAACUUCCACUCCGGCCCAGAAAUUCAUCGCAUUGAGUACAACCUACAUGGGAAGCACGUCGUUGCCUCCAGGGAGGCGCUAGAGUUCGCGCUCGAACUAGCGGCAAGUCAUCCGGAGUUCCAACAGUUAGCAGCCAAGGCGUUACCUCAGUCACCGCCGCCAAAGGACGAUCCCCUGGACCGGAAUGUUGGUUUCAUGCGUGGUAGUCACUGCUGGGUGCUAGAUUUCAAACCCGAGGCAUGGACCGUACCGGACGAGACGCAGCUCGACUCCCUCGAAAGCCUUCUUUGGUGGGAUGAGGAAUAUCCCUUGAACUUAGAAUUCGAUCCUAGACCUUUCGGGUGGUACUUUUCUGCCACAGCUAUGGCGAUUGCGUUCCUAAAGCACCUAGGAAGCGACCGACGAACGCACAUCCGCCGAAUCAUCAUCGACGAAAAAGAUAGAGCCGUAUCUUCACCGGAGGUACAUGCUCGAGGACUCAUUCCCUUUUGCGUCGAAAAUCCUCGUCUCCGAAUCGAAAGGCGUGUGGAUCUAUGGGGCCACGUCAUCCCGUCCCGUUGGGGAGCAACUGCCGACUUGAGCGGGCUCCAAUAUAUCCAAGCAUGGUGCCUUCUUCAAUCACUCGCGGAUUGGAUCCUGGAAGCGAACGACUUAUACUCUCGAGGCAUGCCUUCAAAUUCCUUCUCCCUCGUCUUCCAGGGCGACCAAGACCAGCACGUGUGGAACAUGGCCAAGGAAGCAGCAGCGUUCCAAGAGACUUUUGUCGAAUACUAUCGUCGACACAACUCGCACCCUCCUCCGCUCUCUCACCAGGCAGAGCACCAGGUGCUCCCAUGGCCAUUGCCCUGGCAUGCGCCCGCCGAAUUCCCUAUCGCUAUGAAAGAAAUCGCACGAGGAACCUCGAUUGUUCGUACUCGAUGGGCUCUUGACAAGGGCAGAGACAUUGAAGAGAUGAUUGCGGAGCACGACGGCUGGCCUUUGAUAAAGUGGAGACGCAAGUGGCAGUGGGGUAUCAUUUAUCGGAAGGUCAGCCUACCGCCUGGUGGCGCAGGAACCAACAGUGGACCCCCCUCGGGAGAGUGUUAAGCGUAUCUUGUUGAACCUCCCAUGGGAGCAGUGGAACUAUAGGCAUUUCAUUCCGCGCUUCUACAUAUUUUAUCCUUCUUGAAUCUAGCUUUCUCUCGGUCGAGCUAAAAGCAAAACGCAGACAUUCCAC